GAAGUCUAUAUGCAAGGACGUCACUUACUUUUGAAUAUUGCCGAUGGACUGUGUUUUGUCAGGUUUGAGGCAUUCGUUCGUUAGUGGUGACUUGGAUACUCAACACAAUCUUAUAGUUAAAAUUGAAAAAUUGCAAAUGCAUUUGAACAUCGUUGCACAUAUCACGAUAUCUAGAUGUCAUAUGUGUAAAUUAAUUAGCCUGUAUAUUUACAGACCUAGAAAACUUCUGUUUUGUGCUAUAUUUUAACGAAAGUGUGCUCAGUCGGUUGUUUUUGUCCCAGAUCUAAGGGUUUGGAAGUGUCGACGAACAAUAUGAUUAUGCUGUAGUGAUCGACUGGUGUCAUAAACCAGACCUCGACAGAAAUACAGGACAGAUAGUAUACUCACUGUAAUAUAGAUGGCAAAGAAUUUAACCACUUAUUAUUUUUGAGGACAAAAUGCAUAUUUUCUGUUGGAGUCGUGUUCGCAUUGAUGCAGAAAAUGCCCAGACAAUUAAUGAUUAUCUUUACAACGUACUCCCCAUUUAUUAUUCACAUUCCUUCCAUGAGUGUCCUUUAUGUAGAUCCGAUAACUAUAUGACCUGGACAUCCCUUCUAGCUUCAUUUCUCGAUUCCAGAGUGUUGCUUCAUAAAAAUAACUCGCAAAAAAAUCCUGACUUGUUCAACUCAAAUGAUCUCUGUAUGGUGGAGUUCACACUUUCAGGUGAAACUAUUUAUCUAGUUGACGUACUUCUACAAAUGAACACCAUUGCUCUUGUUCCUGAGUUUGGAGAGUUCGUGGCAAAACGAGUAUUUUCUCUAGACAAGUCGACUUAUAAACGUCAUGAGUAUGCCAUCAGAAUUCUCAUGCUUCAUAAAUGGCUGGAUCUUAACUUUUCUCACAUUCCGAAGCCCACUUAUGAGCAACUAGGUAGAUAUUUGGAUCCAAAUUCAGUUUUGGACUGGAUAGGCUUAAGAAUCCGGACAAAAAUAAAAAAAACAUACUGGAGAGGUUGCACAGUAGCAGACAAAAUACAGGUACUUUUGAACUCUUUUGACCUAUCUACCUUGGCAACACUGCUUGGUCAAUCUACAAAUUCUGAUGGUGGAGAACAGGUUAACGUAAGUGCUUUUUAUCUUUGUACUAAACAACAGUGUAAGAAACAAAACAUUCAUCACCAUAAAGAAUCGAAGGAGCACUUUCGAGAAAAGAAGAUUGCCAGAAAACCCCAUCCAUCUGCUUUACCAAUAGGGGGUGACGUUUGUACAGAUAUAGUUACAGAAUUGGAUGAAGAGGCUAAUCAGUUCUCGCUAUAUUCACUUGAGAAACCGGGAAACCCGAGCAGUCCAAAUACACAGCGGGAUACAGAUAUCACAUCAGGAGAUAAGCGAAGACUAAUGGAUAAAAAUGAUAGAAAGCGCACGAUUUCUGAUUGGGAAGAGAAGGUUCAGGCUGAUUAUGGCUUCAGCAGACCAUCUAAGAAGAUGAAAUUGAACGGUCAAUGUAAUAACAUUGAGGAUGCAGACGGUGAGAUAAACGUGUUGGAUGUAGGGAACGACAUCGACACUAAUCAGAAUGUGCGAGAUGAUGUUAGUGCAGACAAUUCCUUGCAUGGAAAGCCAGUCAUACCAAUGGAACGGAGUCAGGACAUGAGUUCACCUGGUAAACGGAAAACACCAAAGAAGGACAGAACCCCGAUAGUUAGUGGCUCUGAAGUCAAGAAUGUCAUUGUGAGUCCCACUACCUCAACUGAAAAGAGAAAGGCAAGUCGUAGCAAUACGAAUAUCAGAAGUGAGGUAGACGUGUUGGAUGUAGGGAACGACAUCGACACUAAUCAGAAUGUGCGAGAUGAUGUUAGUGCAGACAAUUCCUUGCAUGGAAAGCCAGUCAUACCAAUGGAACGGAGUCAGGACAUGAGUUCACCUGGUAAACGGAAAACACCAAAGAAGGACAGAACCCCGAUAGUUAGUGGUAAGUUUCGCCUAUUGAUCUGCAAUCCAUAUUCCUCCUAGGCUCUGAAGUCAAGAAUGUCAUUGUGAGUCCCACUACCUCAACUGAAAAGAGAAAGGCAAGUCGUAGCAAUACGAAUAUCAGAAGUGAGGUAGACGUGUUGGAUGUAGGGAACGACAU